UUCACACAUAACAGUACUAAAUUACUCCUACAACUCCUCUAACUCUCUCCUUCUCUCUUUCUCUCUCCAUUGAAUUUACCUUUAUUAACCAGCCUAUAAAUACCAUUUUUCCACAAUCAUUGCAGAACUCUUUUAUUUCUACACCUCAGAAACCUCAAAAAAAAACAAAAAAGUCCAAACGGCGGACGUCAAGCAACACAGGAAAGACACCCUCCUUUCUUGGCUGCCUCCCUUCUCCAUCUUCCCCCUGUUAUGGAAAUAACGCCGCCUCCGAACACCUGAAUUGUUCAAAUCCCAUUCUUGUCUAUACGAUCAAACUAGAAUUCAAUUUUGUGAAAUUGAUUAACCCUUUUGGGAUUUGGACCGACCCUUUUGAGUUUAUCUCGAGAUUUUGCACCAUGGCUGCAGCAGCUCCGGCAGCACCAACAGCAGCAACAAGUACCAGCUCCAGGAAGAAGGAAUUGCAAGGCUUGAUAUUAGGCCGGUACGAAAUCGGGAAAUUGUUAGGCCAUGGGACCUUUGCUAAGGUUUAUCAUGCUAGAAAUGUGAAGACAAAUGAAAAUGUAGCAAUCAAGAUUAUUGAUAAAGAAAGGGUGCUGAAAAUUGGGCUGAUUGCUCAUAUUAAAAGGGAGAUCUCUAUCUUGAGAAGAGUAAGGCAUCCCAAUAUUGUUCAAUUGUUUGAGGUGAUGGCUACAAAGUCCAAGAUCUAUUUUGUGAUGGAGUAUGUUAAGGGUGGGGAGCUAUUCAAUAAGGUUGCAAAAGGGAGGCUUAAAGAAGAGGUAGCUAGAAAAUAUUUUCAGCAAUUGAUUUCUGCAGUUGGUUUUUGUCAUGCUAGAGGUGUUUAUCAUAGAGAUCUUAAACCUGAGAAUAUAUUGUUGGAUGAAGAUGGUAAUCUUAAGGUUUCUGAUUUUGGGCUUAGUGCUAUUUCCGAGCAGAUUAAGCAAGACGGUCUUUUUCAUACCUUUUGUGGUACUCCAGCUUAUGUUGCACCUGAAGUUUUGGCAAGAAAAGGGUAUGAUGCUGCUAAAGUUGAUAUUUGGUCAUGUGGGGUGAUUUUGUUUGUGUUAAUGGCAGGGUAUUUACCAUUUCAUGAUCAAAAUGUUAUGGCUAUGUAUAAGAAGAUUUAUAAGGGUGAAUUCAGGUGUCCUAGAUGGUUUUCUCCCGAAUUGACUCGGUUUUUAACUCGAAUCCUUGAUACAAAUCCCGAGACUCGGAUUACGAUUGCAGAGAUAAUGGAGAAUAGGUGGUUUAAGAAGGGGUUUAAGCAUAUCAAGUUUUAUAUUGAGGAUGAUAAAUUAUGCAGUGUAAACGAUGAAGUUUGUGAGGGUGGUCGGGGUGAGACACUGGGUGAGGGUGAUGGGUUUGAGUCUGAUCAGUCUUUCUCUGAGCCUGAACCUGAAGUUGAGAGCAGGAGGAGAUUGGCUACUUUACCUAGGCCAGCUAGUUUGAAUGCAUUUGAUAUUAUUUCGUUUUCGCGUGGUUUUGAUUUGUCUGGUUUAUUUGAGGAAGGAACUGAUGGAGCAAGGUUCGUUUCAGGGGCUCCGGUACCAAAGAUUAUAUCCAAGUUGGAAGAGAUUGCCAAGGUUGUGAGUUUUACAGUAAGGAAGAAGGAUUGUAGAGUAAAUUUGGAGGGGUCAAGAGAGGGUGUGAAGGGUCCAUUGACGAUUGCAGCUGAGAUAUUUGAAUUGACACCAUCUUUGAGAGUUGUUGAGGUGAAGAAGAAAGGAGGAGACAGAGUAGAGUACGAGGACUUCUGUAAUCGGGAAUUAAAACCUGGUUUGCAGAAUCUAGUGCUCGAAGGUGCCCCUUACGCUUUGCCUUCAGACACUGAAUAGGCAGAGAAAGAAGAGAAAAGGGUAUCUCUCUUUGGCUACUUCUAUCAGUGUAGCUUUUGUAUCAUAGUUGCUUUUUUCUCUUUGGUUGUGGUCUAGGGGAAGCUCUUCUGUUUUCUGACCUUGCAUGUGCUUUUCUUGUCCGGUUAGUGUAGAUGAAGUAUCUAGAAAAUGAGAUACGCAGCUGUACACGGAGGUGACAUGAAUUUCUGAUGUAUCUUGAUCUGAUAAUCGAAUUUAUUAAAUAAAAAAAAUUAUAUUUCCCUUUUAUUUUAA